CUGUCUUUUUCUUUAAUUUUUUUUAGGAAAAAUGGGACAAACCACUAAAACACGUGUUCAAAUUAUCCUCUUACAAAUUGACCAAAAAUUAUCCACUAAACCAAACCGUACAUAUGUCCACAUUUUCCUUUUUUAGUUAGAAAAUACACGUGUAAUAAUUUUCUCUUUUUUUGUUUUUUUAUCGAAACGUGUAAUAACUUUCUUAGGCGACGUUAAAUUGUAAGAAUUAAAACGAAUGGUAAGGAUUAAAGUAUUGUCCGAACAACAAGCUCUACAACAAGUUAUCUUAGAAAACUUCAAUUUUCCUUCUUUGCGGUUAAAUCGUUGAAAAUUUCAUUCUUCAGGCAAUAUUCGACUCAUUUUUAAACUCAUAAUUUGACGGACUAUCUUACUCUUUCGCAAAACCAUCUUUUAAGAACCUAAUUCUUUUUACCUGUCAUCAAUCACACAUUCAUUCAUCACAAACCACCAUUUUUUUACCCCUUAUUCUCGCAUUCAUUAAUCCAUUUACAAACCAAAACUCAACUUAGAGAAAGCACGUUAUAAUCAACUGUACAAAUAAUGGCAGAAGAAGAUCCUAAAGAAAAGGUUGACCGGGAGCGCAUUUUCAAGCGGUUUGAUACAAAUGGCGAUGGAAAAAUCUCUGCAACUGAGCUAGGAGAUGCAUUGGAAACCCUAGGCUGCGUUCAACCAAAUGAAGUGAAAUCUAUGAUGGCGGAGAUUGAUACCGACGGUGAUGGCUUCAUUUCAUACCAAGAAUAUUUAGAUUUUGCUCUAACUAACCGUGGUUUAAUUAAAGAUAUUGCCAAAAUAUUUUAGUGACGUUUCUCUUCAAUUUAUUAAUUUGUUUAU